GUGCGUAUUCAUCAGCGUUUACAACAUGACUCAAAAUGGCUGUGCUCUUCUCCACUGGACGGCUACUCCGGAACUGAAAGAAAAAGCAACCUAAUCACACCAACAAUUUGUUCGACAUCUGUUAAGGUAUCAGCCAUUUUGGACCAUAGAGGAUAAUUCCACUAUGACAAGCUUCCAGCCUUGAUUGUAAUUGUGGCACACAUCUCACACACCUGCAUGGGGAGGAUGGAGAGCGAUUGCAGAAUCCCCAUGUUGUGCUUGAGGCCCAGAGUCCUGGCUUUGCAUGCACUCUUCUGGGGUUUGGUGUCUCUCAGAGUGUUUGGUGCAGCUCUGCUGAGUGAGGAGAAGAUCACAGUGGCCAGGCCGGUAACCACCCCCUGUUGGCAGAUGGAGGAGUUUGUGGUUGCGGUGGAAUGCUCCCAGUGCAACGCUUUCCAGUCGAAGUCAUGGGCAGCAUGUACUCAGACGGGAUACGUGGAGAGGAUCAACUGCACCAAGUCUAAUAAAGACGAGUACAAGAGCUGCCGCUCUACCCUGAUGGAGGAACACCUUUUCUGGAAGUUUGAGGGAGCCAUGUUGGGCCUUACCAUACUGUUCGCCCUCGUAGUGGUCGCUAGGCAACGUUCGCUGGACCGGCUUGCCUCCGAGAAAGUCCGCAGGCAGAUCGAGUCCAUCUAGCACAGUACACCAGAGUGAAGAGACUAAUAGACCUCAACAUAGUCGCUCAGCUCAUUUCAAACUCUUAAGAAUGAACAGAGCCACCGAAUUUCAACAGCAUGGAGGUCUGGAGAACGGUAUAUCCGACAAUGGGCCAGGCUUACUGGAAAACGGUUUCUAAAUUUUGUUAUUGAAGAAAUGAAAAUGAAAUCAAGAUUGAGAAUGAAACUCCAGCCCUAAUUAUAACCUGCCAAAGGACAAAUGAUGAACAGUGUCUGGUGUUUUGUCAAUGGAAUUAUUAUCCCUAAAGGGAAUGGCUCUUCUGACAAAGUCUGUGAAAUUGAUGAAUGUUGGGAACUGGCUGCAUUCUAAGUAGAAGACAAUUGAUGGAUUCGUUCAAGCCACAUACAUGGUUCUUUAAUUACGUUUGAAUGUAUUUAUUUUUUGCCUGUAUACAGAAUUGUCUGACAAAUGCCAAACAAGUUUCUGGCACAUGUUUCUGUUCUCUGAGAGAACCAAGAAUAUAAUUUAGUGUCAAAUGCCCUGUCUCACUUGGAAACAUGGACUAAUAACUAGGUCUGUGACUCGAAUGGAUCAAAAAUCAGUCUUAUGGGGGCAUAAAUAAGAGUUUGUUCUUAACUAACUUGCCUAGUUAAAUAAAGGUUACAUUAAAAAAAAUAGGGGAUGGGUUUGCAUAGUGUUACCGUGUACUGGAGUAUGAGUGUCAUGCUGCAAUGCUGUUUUCACCUUUGUGGGUUUCAUAUUUCCAAGUUUCAGUAUUGGUGUUCUACUGAAAGUCUACAAUCACUAUGUUGUGAAAUCUUAUGUGUUUGGAGAUUCCAUUGCAGACAUGGUUCUAAAUGCAAACACUAACAUUUGACUACUAGUGUUUUUGUUAGGCUAUAGAGUAUCCAAUAUACACGACACACAUUCAUUUUAAAAACUGUUGGAUUUCCACUGAUUGUGACUUUUUUUUUAAAAAUGUUGGUUGGUCUCUGAGCUUAGUGAUUUGUUCAAAGUAAUGAUUAUCAUAUUUUUACAUUUAAACUUUAAAUAAUGUAUUUUUAGGAAAGGUGUAAGAUGUUUUCAAACCUCAGCAGCUGACAGAUUACAAAAUAAAUGGGGGGGGUAUCUGGGUUUUUGUUGUAAUUAAAUCCACUUUUCGGGGUUAUAAUCGACAACACAAGUUGAAUAUGAAAAAGAUGCUUCCCGGAGUCAACUUGGCCUACAGUAUUUGUAUCAAUACACUUUGAUGUACCAGGAAAGCAUUCAUUGUAUUUUUCACUUGAAAAUGUGCAGUUUUGUUAUCAAUACAGUUGGAGGGAGACAAAACAGCACAACUGACAUGGGCCAUCUAGAUUGAGCUCCACAGACUCUUUUGAUGCUCUUGGACAGCAGAAAAUGUGGCCAUGUUGAGCUCCAUCUUUGACAGAACAGUACUUGCCCAUGUUGGAAUUGCACUAAAAGAGAAAAGUAAAUGACAAAGUUGAUUUUGUUUGUGAGCGAUUGCAAUAACCAAACAAGGGCACUGAAGUUGGUGUAUGUUUCCGAGUAACCACUAGAUGUUGCUCUAGUACCACAGAAUCAAACUGAAUGCAACUAGAGAAACUUGAAGCCCUACUCAAAGCUGGUAGGCCUAACUGGGAUAUCCCAGGAACCUGGUUAAAGGUUUUGAUUGGGCCCUUGGUUUAUAAAAUACAAAAAUUAGGAAAGGAGACUGUUAGGCUACUGAAAACAAGUUGUCCAACUGCAUAUUUAAAAAAAAAUAUAUAUAUAUAUAUAUACAAAACAGCUCUGUGAAGCAUAUAAGAUAGGCCUAAGCCUGUGGUUAGUUACAGACCAUAAUGUACAAUAAUUGUGAUUCGCUUUCUGCGUAACGUUAAACUUUGACAUACUCCAGGAAUUUCACAAAACUAAGGAAGACCAUUCCCUCUGAAGCUGUCCCCUAUCUUGGAACUAGAAUAGAAGAGUGAAAAUGACAGCUAUAUUGGGGCUGAGACCAUAAUAAAAAUCAUCAUACUCUUACCAUUAAACAAUUAUACUAGACAA